AUGGAUUCAGCCUUCCUAUCUAGUUGCGCAAGUUUUCAGGAUUCUCCAUCCGCAAUGGAAAUUGGAAUGUCCCCUCCAAGUUUCCUAGACGGGAGACAACUUGGAAUUGAUUUGCCUUCUUCAUCUUCAAACUACGAAUGCCGGGUUUGCGCACAUUCGGCACACGGUGUUCAUUUUGGGGUACUGUCAUGCAGAGCAUGUGCUGCAUUCUUCAGAAGAUCAGUUGUGAUGGAAAAGAAGUAUACAUGUAGGAAAGCUAACCAAGGUUGUCGAAUCGACAAAACUGAACGGUACUUGUGCAGAUUGUGCAGAUAUAAAAAGUGUUUGCAACUCGGUAUGACUGCAGACAAUGUCCAAUGGAACCGUGAUAUGAUCUCAUCAACUGAUCGGAAAAGACAAAGUGAUGAUGAUGGAACUGAUAUUGAUGCAUACUCGGAUUGGAGCCCUGGUUCCAAAAAGUCAUGUCUUGACGGUCCACCACUUUAUGACUUGUCGAAAACAUUGAAUAAAAUUCACAAGACGUUUAUGGAGUUCAAAAUACCAGAGGAUGAUCCGGUUUAUCAAACGAUGAAUACUCUUGGUAAGAUGGAUUGGGCUUUGAGACGUCAUCGGAAACAUCAUAAGAUACAAGACUUCCGAAUUUCAAAUACUGUUCGAUUGGAUCAACUGGUUGAUAUGUGGGGCAGUGAAAUGACAAAAGUAGCAGAGUUCAUGAUGCAUUCAGAAGAGUUCAGACAUUUAAGUUCAGAAGAGAAAUUCUCAAUUUUCAAAUUGGUAUGGCAAAUUUCACAGAGAUUUGAGAAGUUGACAAUGUCAUUGGAGAUUUUUGGAAAACGAGCUCUUGAAGAGAAGAUUCUGAUCACCUCGAACACAACUGCAAUCCAAAUGGAACAUGUAAAUGUGGAUCUAUCCAAGAUAACAGAUUACACUUCUAUCGAACUCCGAAACAUGUUCCAUCCAUUUUGUUCUCGAUUAUAUGAUGAUGUUGCUCGACCACUCCUUGAUUUGGAUCCUUCUUCAAUUGAAAUCAGUUAUAUGCUGUGCCAAAUUAUUUGGCAUAUCGCUGGCAAAACAAUGCAAGGAGAUAUUCUUGCCGCAGGUGAAAAGUUCAUUGCAAAAAUUGCUGAUGACCUUCAUCAAUACUAUAUGAAAGAGUACAAAAUGGCCAAUUAUGCUGGUAGACUCAUCAAACUUAUGACUGUUGUCAACAGUUUACAGAGAAUUCAUUUGGACCGGUUGAAAAUAAUGGAGUUGGCAAAAAUCUUCGAUAUUUUCAAGGUCAAAAUUACUGAUCCAUGUUUCUUCCAAGAUUAA